GCCGCCGCCAUGUCGGCCGCGCUGGACCUGCGAUCGAAGGAGGAGAAGGACGCCGAGCUGGACAAGCGCAUCGAGGCGCUGCGCAAGAAGAACGAGGCCCUCAUCAAACGAUAUCAGGAGAUCGAGGAGGAUCGCAAGAAAGCGGAGCAGGAGGGGGGUGGCGUGACGGCCGUGCGCCGAGCGCGGCCCCCCGACGAUGAGGGUCCCUCCGUCGCUGCCCAGGUCGUGCCCCCCCCCGGGGAGAGACGCGCGAAGGACAAAAAGCCGUCGGGCCCCCCUAAAGCCGGGCGCGGCUCGGGGCGGGGGGGGCCCGCGUCCGUCUGUCCGUCCCACGCGGGGGGAGCGACCCCCGGCACCGCUGUGGGAGGCGGGGGCCGAUGGGGCGACCCCGGGGAUCGCGGGGGCCGCAGCCGGCGCUCGAGGGGGCGGGGGGUGGCGGCGGCGGGGGGCGACGGCGGCCCCGAUAGGAAGUCCAAGGUGGGGGGUUUGGGGCCACGGUCAGGGUUUUGGGGCCCCCAUGGGUUUUCGGGGGGGGCUCCAUGUGCGAUUUCGGGGGUCCCCGGGGUGGGGGAUGUGUUGGGGGGGCGCAUGUGGGGUGUGUUUGGGGGGCCCGGGUGUGGGUGGGGGGGGGUAGGGGCCCUUUCGGGGUGCUGCCGCCCCCCCAGGCAGCCUCUCCCCCCCCCCAGGAGUGGGAAAGAGCGACGGCGGCAAAACAUCGAGAGGAUGAACGAGGAGAUGGCGAAAAUCGCGGCCUACGAGCGGAGCCGGCGGGACGGGCUCCCGGACCCCAACCCCGUCCGCAGCUUCCUGGACGACCCCCGCCGCAGCGGCCCCCCGCCCCCGGGGGGCACCGACCGCCGGGAGGGCAGCCGCCGCCACGCCCGCAACUGGGGGGGCGCCGACUUCCGCCAGGUGACGGCGGGGCUGGAGCGCGACAAGACCCCGGGCCGCCCCCGCCCCCCGCCCGCGGCGCCCCUCGACAUGACGCUGGCCAUGACGGGCCGGGAACGGGCCGAAUACGCCCGCUGGAAGGAGGAGCGGGAGCGCAUCGACCGCGAGCGCCUGGCGCGGCACCGCGAGCCCACCGGCCGCUGGCGGCGGGAGUGGGACGCCGACAAGGCCGACGGCGGGUUUAGGGAGGGUUUGGCGCCUCCGGCGAGCGCCGGGCAGGAAAACGCCCCGUUUCCCCCCAAACCUCCCUCUCCCGGGGACUUCGUCGCCCCACAUCGCGCCCGGCGGAGGCGGCGAGGCCGGGGCGCCGCCACCCAGCCCUACAGCGCACACGACGACCGCUGGGAGCAGAAGGAGCCGCCGCGUGAGAGCCGCCAGGCGGAGGAAGCACCGAGCGGGCCCCCCCCGGGCCCCCCCAGUUCCCUGAGCCCCGAGGAGGACGACGAUCAAUGGGAGGACGUCAGCGAGGAGGAGGAGGAGGAGGAGGAAGGCGGCGGGUCGGGGUCGUCGAGCGAGGCCGAUGCUCCCCAUAGCGUGACCCCCGAAGACCAGCAGCCCCCCGGGCGAUGGGGGGGGGCUGAGCCCCCCCCCAGCCCCUUCUCCCCCAUGGAGGGUCCCCGGCCCGUCUCGGACUGGGGCGAGGAGAUGGACGGAGCCUCCCCCCGCAGCAGCCUUGGGGGGGGGGACAGUCCCCCCGCGGCUCCCGGAGAGGCUCCAGGGCUGAGCCCCGGGGAGCUGGUGGACCCCCCGGGGGGGCGCCGAGCCCUGCGGGACCCCCCGGGGGGGCGCCGAGCCCUGCGGGACCCCCCGGGGGGGCGCCGAGCCCGGUGGGACCCCCCCGGGGGUCGCAGACCCCGGCGGAGCACGAGGAGGCGACGACGGCGGAGGACGAGCCGCGAGCCGCGGGCGUCCGCCCCCCCCCCCAGCCCGGCGCGGUGGAAAUCACGGGCUUCGAGCGGGAGGGGCGCGCGCCCCGCUGCCCCCCAGCGCCCCCCUCGCUCCCGCCGUGACCCCCCACCUUCCUCGAGACCGUGAGCCGGCGGGGGGAGCCCGGGGGGGGCACCCUGGGAACGGACCCCCCCACCCCCAUCGGGGGGUUGGCCCUUGAUGUGGGGGGGGUCCCCAAAUCCCUGCCAGCCCCGUGUCUGCCCCCGAUCGGGGGGGGCUCUCCCCCCCCCGCUGCCAACUGAGGGGCUUUUGGGGGCUCCAGCCCUGCACCCCCACUUCCCUGGCGCCUGCCCCCCUCCUCCCCCUGCCCGGGGGCUUAUUGGGGGGGGGGGGGAAGGUGGGGGGGGUCCCCCCGCGUCCCCCCUGGAAAAUAAACCUCCGA